AACGCUCACGCGUGCAUAACCGGGAAGCCGAUUAAUCAGGGAGGCAUACACGGCCGGGUCUCCGCCACCGGACGGGGUGUUUUCCACGGAAUCGAUAACUUCAUAAACGAGGCCUCGUUCAUGUCAAUGAUUGGCGUCACUCCCGGUUGGGGUGGAAAGACAUUCAUCGUUCAGGGCUUUGGUAACGUAGGCCUCCACUCCAUGCGCUACUUGGAUAGAGCGGGCGCUCGAUGUAUCGGUAUCAUUGAGAGGGACGGCAGUAUUUUCAACCAAAAUGGCAUCGAUCCCAAGGAGUUGGAGGAAUGGAAGCUGAAUAACAACGGAUCGAUUGUAGGCUUUCCUAACUCCCAGCCCUAUGAGGGCGAGAAUCUAAUGUACGAGAAGUGCGAUAUUCUGGUGCCAGCGGCCACUGAAAAGGUCAUCACCAAAGAUAACGCACACAAACUUCAGUGCAAAAUCAUAGCCGAGGCGGCCAACGGUCCGACCACACCGGCAGCCGAUAAGAUACUUAUUGGACGUAAUAUUCUUAUUAUACCCGACCUAUACAUCAACGCUGGAGGUGUGACCGUCUCAUACUUUGAAUGGCUU